UCCCACCAAGUUGGACCAGCUUUGGGAGCAAACAGCGGGUCAGGUCGGGUAGGACGGCGCCGUCGCCCGCCUCCCUCAAUUUCCGAAUUCGAUUCGAUCUCCGGCCAGGCCUAUUUUUAUCUCCCUCCUCCUCCUGGCAGGAUUGCUCCAUAUCUCGGCCGCGACGGAUUCCCCAAUCAGAUUCCUAUCCUUGACUGGAGGAGCAAGGUAGCCGGCGACCUCCGCCGUCCACAGGGCUCGGCUGUCAAUUCAACUUUGACAGCCAGCCCAGUCCUACUCCAGUUCCAGCCAGGAGAUCGAUUCGACCAGGACUCAGGGCAGGGGAAGGCAAAUAAGUACUAGCAGAAAGCAGCUCCUCCUCAUUGGCAAAGUCAGGCAGUUAUGGCUUUCUUCUCGGCCCCGCUCCAUCGACCCCUCUCCGCCAUGGCGGUCGCUGCCUUCGCUGCGGUCACCUCCAUCGAACUGCCCGACAGGCUAUCCCACCACCACAGGCUCGUUGGCGCCAAUGCCGGCACCGUCAUGCCCCUUCCUCCAUCCACCAAACCAGAAUCUGCACCGCCUCCGCCUUCAACCUCGGCGCUGUCUGGGCUACAGUUCUUCCCACGCAACCACCACCAGGCUGCGUUUGACCUGGCCGCGAAGGCGCCUGUCGCGUCCCUGCCGGUCAUCAACAUGGUGUACCAGUACGCGAGGUUCACCAAGGCCGAGGGCGCGACGCCCGCUGUCCCUUCCUUGUCGACGGAUGCUCUGUACCGCUGGCAUCUGCCACACCCUGGGGCGCGCAGUGGCUCAUCUGAUGACAGGUCGCAAACCGUGGUGGUUCUGCUUGGGUGGCUGGGCUCGAAGCAGAAGCAUCACAAGAGAUAUGCUGAGUGGUACACCUCCAGGGGGUUCCAUGCUGUGACGUUCACGCUGCCCAUGUCUGACAUCGUCAGCUAUAAUGUCAGAGGGAAGGCUGAGAAAAAUGUCGAGAUGCUCUCCGAACAUCUCGCCGAUUGGGUCAGGGAGGAGGACGGGAAGAAGAUUGUCUUCCACACUUUCAGUAACACCGGCUGGCUUUGCUAUGGUGUGAUACUUGAGAACUUGCAGCGGCAAGAUCCUUCCGCAGUGCACAAAAUUAAGGGUUCCAUAGUCGAUUCAGCGCCUGUUGCUGUCCCUGAUUCUCAGGUUUGGGCUCUAGGUUUCUCGGCGGCUAUCAUGAAGAAACACAGCGUAGCAACAAAAGGAGCUAUAUCAAACGAUACAAGGUCCGAUGUCCUAGUUGUGGAGUCUCAAAGAGAUAUUAAGCCAGCAGCAACCGAGGCUGUUCUACUAUCUGCAUUGGAGAAGUUUUUUGAUGUUGUUCUGAACUAUCCAGCCAUAAAUAGGAGGCUAUCCGGUGUUAUGGAGAUUUUGUCUUCGAACCAACCAAACUGCCCCCAGCUGUACAUAUACAGCUCUGCCGACCGGGUCAUCCCCGCAAAGUCAGUGGAGUCAUUCGUGGAGAGCCAACGAAAAGCGGGGUGUGAGGUGAGGUCGUGUGACUUUGUGUCGUCCCCUCACGUAGACCACUACCGAAGCAAUCCGGGUCUCUACACCUCUGAGCUGACCAAGUUCUUGGAGGACUGUGUGCUGACCCAUCGGGCGGAUGAGUCGUCGUCAUCUCCGCCAUAGGAUGUUCGUGCAGCAGUACAAACAAAUUUGUUCCUGGUUAUCCAUUACAAUGUACCAGGAUUAUAUGACAAUUGAUUAUACAUCUGACCCGAUUUAUUCUUUUUUUUUUUUUCACUCGUGGGUUACGUUUAGGAGGCACAACUGUACAAAACAUGAGAGAGGGAAGCAAAACAAAAUUGUGGCUUGCUGACUGACGACUUGCUGUUCGUUCCAUUGCACAAAUCAUUCAUUUGUCUGGAUGAGAGAUGUAAUGUUUCUUUGUGAAUACUCUAAUGACUAGUUAUUGUGUCUCGACAACUUACUGUUCGUUCCAUUACACAAAUCAUUCAUUUGCCUGUAUGAGAGACCUGCUGUUCUUUGUGAAUACUCUAA